CACAGACGUGUUCCCUGAGCAGCAAAUGCCAAAAGAAGUCCCUGGGAAGCUCAAACGUGUCGCAGUCUUUAGCUCGCACCCAGUCUUCACGUCAGUCACCCUUUGAAGGCUGACGGCGCUUUCACAGAGCGAGCCUAUCGCAGUGUCAUCAGAUCUGAGGUCACUGGGUGCAAUGGAGAAGGGCAAGAAGAUCUGGCAGUCGUCAUCAGGCGGGCUGCAUCCGCUCGUCGAGGCCUUCACUGUGGGCGACGACUACCGGCUGGAUGGGGAGGUGCUGCUGCCAUAUGACGUCAAGGCCAGCAAGGCGCACGCACAGAUGCUCCACAGCAUCGGGGUCCUCACCCAGGAAGGUACGCACACGUCAGAUGACGAACACAUUUGUGCCUCUCGAGAGCGUGUGUGUGUGCGAUCUCAGAGCUGGACGUGCUCCUGGGGGCCUUGGGUGAGAUCCUGACUAAGUGGCAGGAAGGCGAGUUCAAGGUGAGUGCGGCAGCACGACCCAUCAAGCCGCAGUCAUACCGCCACACACACCCACACACAACCACGCCUGUUUGUUUGUGUUGGCUGCAGGUGCUGCCUGAGCAUGAGGACGGCCACACGGCCAUCGAGGAGUACAUCACUCUCAAGUAUGGCGACGUCGGCAAGAAGAUUCACACCGGCAGGAGCCGAAAGUGAGUGGUGUGUGGGCGGCCUGGAGGAUGACGGAUUGGAUGCGUCUGUGUGUGUGUUGGUUUGUGUAUGUUGGUUUGCGGUGCAGUGACCAGUCGCUUGUGAUGCUUCGGCUUUACAUGAAGGGUGAGCACCAUUGUUGGUGUGUUUAUGUAUGGUUGUUGCUCGUGAGCACAUCUCCUGCUCUCCUUCCCUCCCUCCCUGUCUGGCAGACAAGCUGUCUGAGUUGACGAGUGGCGUGCAGCAGCUGGCCUCGCUCUUCGAGAAUAAGGGAACCGAGGCCUCAGAUGUGCUCAUGCCCGGAUAUACACACAUGCAAAAGGUGCGCGUCGGCGCGCACACAGGCGGGCAGACAAGCAGACAGACAGACAGGCAGACACACAAAUGCAUCCCAUCCAUCCAUGACUGUACUGUACUGCCUCCUUCUGUGAGUCUAUGUUUUCCUUUCCGCCUUCAGGCGAUGCCCACGACGGUCGGCCUGUGGCUCGGGUCUUUCGCGUGUGCUCUGCGUGACGCCACCAUAGCCAUGGAGGCCGCCACCAGGCAGAUCGACCAAAACCCUCUCGGAUCGGCUGCUGGUGGGGUGGGCGGCCUGGCGGGGCGGGGAGAAAAGAAAAGAAAAGAAAAGAAUAGAGAGGAAACGAACGCCAGUCGCUCUGCAUUCACUCACACCUCUGUGUGUGUGUGUGUCCGCGAGUGUCUUUAUUGUGUAGGUUUCGGCAUCUCCCACCUGCAGCUGAACCGGCAGAUGACGACCGAGGCCUUGGGGUUUGAGCGGCUGCAGGCGAACUCGUUGUAUUGUGGCUUCAGCCGCGGCUACUUUGAGAAUAUCGUUUUGCAGGUAGGCGGCUUUGUUGAGGCGGCCCCAUUGCUGGAGCGUGUGUGUGUGUGUGUGUGUGUGUGUGCAGGCGCUGUCUCAGUGCAUGAUAGUGAUGUCCCGCUUUGCCGUCGACAUGAUGAUGUUCACACAACAGGUGAGUGAAUAAGCUCGGCUUGCGCACCGCACACACGAGUAAAGCCGCUCUCUUGGCAUUUAAUGUCUGUCAGGAGACGGCAUUUUUCUCUCUGCCUGACGAGUUUGUGACGGGUUCGUCUAUCAUGCCGCAGAAGAAAAACUAUGACCUCUUCGAGAUCAUGCGGGCCAACGGAAGAGGUGCAUGCCACGCCCGACCAUCCCAUGACUGAAUGGGGAUGGCCUGAUAAUCUGUUUGUGCUUCUGUGUGCUGCGUCGAUAUCUGCAGUGUAUGGGAGUCUGCAGCAGCAGGUGCAGCAGAUCGUCACGGGGCUGGGCAGCGGAUAUCACCGGUAGGCAGACGCCACGCCCAUCGAUGCUGACGGACGGACGGAAACAUCGUCCGUCCGUCCGUCCAUCCAUCCAUCCGUGUGUAUUUUCUCAGUGAUCUGCAAGUGACCAAGAAGGCAUUCAUAGAGGUAGGUGGGCGGGGGCGGCCAACUGGCUGGCCUUCACUCAUGCCUGUCUUGUGUGUGAAUGGAAUUCACUGACUGCACUGCAGGGUGUGAGUCUGUGCAGCCAGAGCAUCGAGCUGAUGCACCAGAUCGUCCCUGCCCUCAGGAUACACCAAGAACGACUCAGGUCAGUCACAGUCAGUACUGCCGCAUUUGACGUCUCGCGUCCUCUGCAAUGGCUGUGCAUAUAUGUGUGUGUGUGUGUGCGCGUGUGCAGGUCCGCAAUGACGCGAGAGCUGUAUGUCACAGGUGCGCUGGACGGGGCGGGUGUGGUGAUGUCGACCACUGCGUGUCUGGACGUCUGGAUGUGUGGACGUGUGUGCAUACAAUACGUGUCAGAUGAGGUGUACAAGCAUGUGGCGAAUGGUAUGGCCUUCCGCGAGGCCUACCAGAAGGUCAAGGCCGAGUUCUUCGCUCACACCACAGCCAAUGCCAAAGCAAGUGCAUCAGACAAUGGGGCAGCGGCGACCCAUUGACAAUUCUGCCUUAAGCCUGCCUGCCUGCCUGCCCGCGUGUGAGUGUGUGAGUGUGUGUCAUUUUGCUGCAUCCCCUACCUAUGGCGGGGCGGAUGGAU